AUGCGCACAGACUUCGUCCUGCAGUGCGGCGUUGACGAAGCCACCCCUUCCCCGCAAGGAGCAGCGGCAGGGAAGGAAGGGGGAUCCUUGGGAGCAACAGGAGCAACAGCAAGCAGAACGUCAGUCUCCUUAGACACCAGCCCCCCAGCGACUACCCCCUGCUGCACUGCAGCAUGCGGAGAACCACCCCCCACCGUUAGACUUCCAGAAGGAAUAGCUGAAUUCCUGGAUCUCUUGCGAGAGACUGCCGCUAGGGGGGCCCCCCUCUAUCCAUGGUCUUUAUUUAAGCUCAUCCUCGGAGGACGGCUGUACGAGCUAUUUACUGCACUUGGAAAAAAACAACAGCGACACCUGCGCUCCUUCGACUGGGAACGAGCUCGCGACACCCUCUUCGCGCAAGUUCUCGCAUUUGAAGCGCCUCCGUUGACGCUUCAGCGGUUGUGUGAAAUCGCGUGGAAGCCUCCGCACCAGCAGCUGGAGAAGCUUUUUUUUGCUCUUAAGAAGCUGGUGCGAGUGCGGGAUGGGUGCACUGAGUGGCCAUCCCUUCCAGCCAUCCCUACCGACGAAGCAUUUAAGCGGCGUCUUGCAGCAGCCAACGCCGUAAGUCAGCCUCUCAGCUCGGUGCUGCGUGUUGCGAGCAGGGGGGGGGCCUCCUCUUCGGCGGGCUGCGGCGAGGCAGCGCGCUGCGGCUGCCCGUGCUGCGUCGAUUGGCUGAGCGAGCUGCUGGAGCAGCAGCAGCAGCAGCAGCAGCAGCACAGCAGGUACUCCUCUGAGGGGCCUCUCGAAACGGAGACUGAGGGGGAGGCUGACGCGUCUUCAGCGGCUGCCCAGGAGGAAGCGGGGGGUUCUCAGGAAGAGGGGGGCCGAUGCCAGACAGCCGUCUUCGCGCACGGAGACAAGUGCAACGGGGGAGGCGCCAGCCGCAAGCGCAACUCUGAGGAGGUUUGCAUAGCAGAGGCACCGGGAGCUACAGACACGGAGGCAGACCUUCCUGCUGCCCCCAGGAAAAGGAGGGUAGAUGGGGGGCAGUUCAUCGAAUCGAGCGGAAACACAGAAGGAGACGGUGCUGCGAAGGGGCAAGAUGCUCCCUAG